AUGGUGAGAGUAAAGCAUAGAUACCUGGUCGCCACUUUUCUCUACCCCGGCGCCCCGACCGCGACUUCCUCAAAAGAAUCGCUGUCGCAAGUCCUCCAAUUCAACCAGCCAACCUCUGAUCGACUCGAUGCUCCCCUUCUAUUGAAAGCUAUAAGACAAGGCGUCGCGGAGCUGUUUGGCGACUAUGGCGCAGGAGUUGUCUCUCCGAGUCUUAGAAUAAACUACCUCUCCCCCGCCACGUCCACCGCCAUCAUCCGAACCCCACGCGCACAUUGUCAGCUCGUAUGGGCUGCGUUGAGCUUCAUGACACAGCUUCCAGAUCCAAUAGCACAGCCCUGCGUUGUGCGCGUUGUGCGGGUUUCGGGGACGAUUAGGAAGGCCGAGCAUGAAGUUAUUCGGAGGGCUAAGGUUAUCAUUAAGAGAGCGCAAGAG